AUGGACGCACCCACAAAAGACGAGAGCACGCACCUCGCACGAUGCCAGUCCCUACGGGCGAGAGACAAAAUAGCUACCUCGUUACACAUAUCGGACCGUGGUAUCGUUGGCAUAAAUCGAGCCCCUAGACCUCCUCGCCAAAAUAUGCGACCCACCAAGUCGCCGCACCCUAGACCUAAUACGCAUUGGUCGGUGUCUCGAAUGAGAAUCAUGAUGAAUUACGAAAGCUUCACAGAACAUCACGACGCAUCCGCAUCGUCAAACAAAAGCACUUGUUCGACACACUUGAGGCUAACAAGCCAUCUCGGCAUAAUAAGUCAUUUAUCCGGUGACGAUUGGAUAAACCGACCUACCUCAACCGAUUAA